AUGCGCGUGGCCUGGCGCCCGCCCCGGCGCCCGCGGCGGCGGCGCACAUGCUCGCUGGCGGUGCUGUGCGCUCCCAAGGCCAUCGCGGCCGCGGCGGCCGCUGGCGACUUCUCUAGGCCAUGGGCCACUCACGCAGGCUGCGCCGAGCUGCUCCGCCGCUUCAACUUCAACGGCAACUACUCCUUCCUGAUGGCGCACCGCCUCGCCGUGUGCGUGCAUCGGCGACAGGAGCUGCCGGACUGGCACGGCCCAGAGCGCCCCGCGCUGCUGUCCGGGGAGCACUUCCCGGUCACGGUGACGCCCUCGCCCCGGGGGCCCGUCGGGUACUGGGUGCUGCCCGUGUGGGACUACGUCGUUUCCAAUUUCGUCCGCAUUGGAGGCACGUUCGACCCAGCCGAGCUGUCUCUUUACAAGAGGCUGGUUCGCGAGGGCGACUCCGUAUGCGACGCGGGCGCGCACGUGGGCGCGUACGCCAUCCCCCUCGCCGCGCACGUGGGCGCCAGCGGGGCCGUCCACGCCUUCGAGCCCUUCCGGCUGGUGUUCCAGCAGCUCGUGGCCAACGCCGCUGUGAACGGUCUGAGCAACGUCUACGCGCACCAGCUCGCGCUGGGGGACAAGCGCGAGCGGCUGAGGGGCGUGAAUAGCCCGGCGCUCACGCGGUACGGCAACGUGGGGGCAACGCCGGUCUUCGUUCAGCCGGAGGAGCAUUUCACGUCGGACAACGCCCUGCAGUACGAGGGCCGUGAGACGGUCACGGUGGUGCCCCUCGACGAGAUGCAGCUCGAUCGGGUCGGCGGACUCAACUUCCUAAAGGUCGACGUGGAAGGCGCUUUGGACCGCGUCUUGCGCGGUGCCCACGGCACCAUCCACACCCACAGGCCGGUCAUGGCGGUGGAGCACAGAGGGCCAGGGGAUGGCCCAGCGCUGCUGCUUGAGUGGGGCUACCGAUGCGUCGAGGUGCUGCCUGUGCACGAGCUGUGGAUCUGCGUCCCUUCGGAACGUUGGUGGAGCUUCGCCUGGGUUACGAAGUGGGCCGCCGACCAUG